AUGAGCAUCAUAGAAGUCACUAAAGUGAUUGAAGACCCUGCGUCCUCGGAGAGCGUGUCAUUGACUUUGCAAAGGAAUACAGAGACUGGAUAUUUUCUUCUAAGACCUCUCGUCCCAUUGUUAUCACAUUAUGAAGGGAAACGUGUGAACGUGGACCAGAGUGAUGAGGUACGUAAGGAGGAGGAGGAUAGAUUAUGUGCAAAAUAUGGGAUCCUUGUUGAUACUGAUAAGGACGGUGAGAAAUGGAUUACUAGUGAUAAAGUGUUUCAGCUGCUUGAUAUGUUGAAUCUUUUGGAUUUGUUUAAAGAUGAUUUUGAUGCCUUGAACGUGACUGGUGAACAAGAAAGGAAUAAUAUGAAACGUGUGAAUGGAUUGGAGGAAUUUGGGAUGAGUUUGGAUUCUCACAGAGGAGAACUAGGAUCACCUUUGAAGAAAUUGAAGAUGGACAACGACAACAGUAAUAAAAAUAAUAACAGUAAUACAAAACCACAACAAAAUAAGCUGCAACAGCGACAGGAAGAGAUCAAUGACAGACCCAUUAUUACUUUUGACCACGACUUACGUGACUCGACCAUUACGAACUUGCCGUUGAAGAUGAACCACGCUUUGCAACUAUCGUCUGAGAUAGAUAAUGACGAAAGAUUAAAAUUGGAGAAUUUCCUACAAAGGUUAUUAUUACCCAAUAUUCAAAAUAACUCAGAUUCCUCUAAUGCUUAUGAUAAUGGAUCUGUAUCAUUUAAUUCCUUGAUGCAUGAAAUGGAUGCUACUUUCCCACACACGUCAUUAAAUCUAAAUAUCCCAAUUGAUGAAUAUGGGAAUACCCCCCUACAUUGGUUAACCUCUACGGCAAACAUUGACUUAGUGAAAGAAAUGGUGAAAAAUGGUGCUAAUAGACUAUUGGGAGACAAUUCAGGUGAAUCUGCUUUGGUGAAAGCUACCAAGACUGUAAACAACUACGAUUCAGGGACAUUUGAGGAACUCCUAGACUAUUUAUAUCCCUGUCUAAUCUUAUUAGAUGCCAUGGAUAGAACUAUAUUACAUCAUAUUGUGAUUACAUCGGGGAUGAAAGAUCAUGCUCUUGUAGCCAAAUAUUAUCUAGAUAUACUAAUGGGAUGGAUAGUGAAAAAGCAACCAAGACCUAUCCAUGGUGUGGGAAAUGGACCAGUGAUUGAUAGUUUAGAUUUGAAAUGGAUCUUAACAAAUAUGUUGAACGCUCAAGAUGUUAAUGGUGACACUUGUCUAAAUAUUGCUGCUCGAUUAGGUAAUGUCGGGAUUGUAGAUGCAUUAUUGGAAUAUGGUGCAGAUCCUUAUAUUGCUAACAAGUCUGGGUUAAGACCUUUAGACUUUGGAGCUGGUACUUCGAAGUUUCAAACGCAUGAACUAGAGCUAAAUCUAGAUCAUGACGGUGCUAAUAAACAUCAUGGAGGUGAUGAUGACGCCAUUUUAGAUCAUCCAACAUCCUCAGAUUUAUUGGAGGACGGUAUUGUCAGUUCUCCAAAGAAUAAACCAGAUACGAAAGCCUUGGUUAGUGAAUUGCAAACAUUACUUGACGCUGUCUCAAAGGAUUACGAUAUAGAGAUGUCAACGAAUAAGGAAAAGCUUGAGAAACUGAAAGAAAAAUUAAACACAAAACGUCAAGAACUUUCUACUUCAAGAGAUCGGUUGACGCAAACAAAGCAAUUAAGAGAUGAAUAUCAACUAUUGAAGGAGCAGGUAAAUAAUAUUAAAAAAGGUAUUGCAGAGCAGGAGGAGAGCUUCCAACACGAAAGUGAGAAGUUAGGUAUUUCGGCCGAAGAUUCUGUUGGUAUUGAUUGGGAUUCCAGUGAAUUUGAUGCAGAUGAGCCAUUUAGAAUUGAGUUCAUAUAUGAUCUGUUAGAGAACAGGUUAACUGAUGUAUAUAAUGGUGAUAUUGAAAAAUUAUUGAAGGAAGAGAAUGUAGAUGAACUUGUCUCGAAAAUACGAAAUGGUUUUGAUGAACGAUUAAAUUCCAUAUUACCUCCCAAAUUCCUAUUACAGGCAAGAGUCAAUGCGUAUAAGAGAAAUGAUGAUCAAUUACAAAAAAUAUAUGAUGGGAUAAAACAAAAACAAGAUGAUUUGGAAAGUAAAUUCAGAAGAGUACUAUCUUUAUGUUUAAAGAUUGAUGAAGACAAAGUGGAUGGGAUGCUUGAUGGCUUAUUACAAGCAAUUUCAUUUGAAGAUCCCCAUGACAUUGACACGGACGAAAUGCAAGAUUUCUUGAAAAAACAUGCAGUUUAA